AUUUCAGCUCCGAUCUUUCCAUGGCUCCAGCAGCAGCAGUAGAUUUCGAAACAGUGAAGCCUCGAGAUGUUUGUGUUGUUGGUGUUGCACGCACGCCAAUGGGUGGCUUUCUUGGUUCUCUUUCAUCUCUAUCGGCCACCAAACUUGGAUCUAUAGCCAUUGAAUGUGCUCUUAAGAGGGCAAAUGUUGACCCAGCACUAGUCCAGGAGGUUUUCUUUGGAAAUGUUCUUAGUGCAAAUUUAGGGCAGGCUCCUGCUAGACAAGCUGCAUUAGGGGCAGGUAUGCUUAAUUCAGUCAUCGGCACCACUAUUAACAAGGUCUGCGCCUCAGGGAUGAAGGCUACAAUGCUUGCAGCACAGAGCAUCCAGUUGGGUAUCAAUGAUGUUGUUGUGGCUGGUGGCAUGGAAAGCAUGUCUAAUGCUCCUAAAUAUCUAGCAGAGGCAAGGAAGGGAUCUCGACUGGGUCAUGAUGCUAUAGUUGAUGGGAUGUUGAAAGAUGGUCUAUGGGAUGUAUAUAAUGAUUUUGGAAUGGGUGUUUGUGCGGAAAUAUGUGCAGAUCAGCAUACUGUAACUAGAGAGGAGCAGGAUAUAUAUGCUAUUCAAAGCUUUGAGCGUGGUAUUGCUGCUCAAAAUGGUGGGGCGUUUUCAUGGGAAAUAGUCCCGGUUGAAGUUUCUGCAGGGAGGGGAAAACCAUCCACUAUCGUUAAUAUGGAUGAAGGUCUAGGAAAGUUUGAUCCUGCUAAAUUGAGGAAGCUCCGACCAAGUUUCAAGGAGGAUGGAGGCUCUGUUACUGCCGGCAAUGCUUCUAGUAUAAGUGAUGGUGCUGCUGCACUAGUGUUAGUGAGUGGAGAGAUGGCACUUAAACUUGGACUGCAAGUAAUUGCUAAGAUCACAGGCUAUGCUGAUGCAGCUCAGGCACCUGAGUUAUUUACAACAGCUCCUGCUCUUGCAAUUCCGAAAGCUAUUUUAAAUGCUGGGUUGGAAGCUUCACAAAUUGAUUAUUAUGAAAUCAACGAAGCCUUUUCCGUUGUAGCUCUUGCAAACCAAAAGCUGCUAGGGCUUAAUCCUGAAAGAGUUAAUGUGCAUGGUGGAGCAGUAUCUUUAGGGCAUCCCCUAGGUUGCAGUGGAGCUCGUAUCUUGGUCACGCUUUUGGGGCUGAGGGGUAAUAAUGUUGCAGGUGAUGAGGCAGAAAAAUGGGAAAUAUGGAGUUGCUGGUAUUUGCAAUGGGGGAGGAGGAGCAUCUGCCCUUGUUCUAGAGCUCAUGUAAGCAAUUUAUAUUUGGUAAGAUUCAUUUGUUCAAUUAAAUAAGUUCAUAGUUCUGCAUUAUCUAUUAAGUAUAUCACUAGUUGGGUGAAAAAUGUAUGGCUUUGUUUGACUAUAGAACUUUCUUUAAAUGCAAGGAGAGUACUACUGAGUUAAAACAUUUUCAAUAAGACAAUAACAUGAGAUCAAGUCAGAC